AUGAGCACCUUGAAACUUGAAACACACGUGCCUCAGGCUGGUGUCGCCAAACCAAAAUCUCGGCUCGGUUUUCUGUGGGAUCGUCUUACAAAACCUGUGGGCGAACCGCCAUAUAAACCACUUCCUGACUACCAUAUACGUGUCUUGCGUAUCAAACCUGGUACGGCACAGCAUCCUUUACGAGUCAAGAUUCAAGUCGUUGAUCCACGAAAAUUCAAAUAUAUCGCUUUGUCGUACACCUGGGAUCUAGACGAUACAGCCCGAUCCGAUGCUGUGGGUGGGGUGGCGAGCGGGACGCAGACCAUUCCAGUAGGUGGUGUGGACGUGAAAAUUGGUCAGAACCUGUACGAUGCACUCUGUCAAAUAAGGGAUAGCCAGAGUGGUGUACCAGUCUUUGUGGAUGCGUUGUGUAUCAACUACGAGGAUGAGAGGGAGAGGAUCGAGUAUCUGGAGAUUAUGGGACAUGUCUAUGCACGAGCAGCCAGCGUAAUUGUAUGGCUUGGCAAGAAGCCCAGAGAGGCGGAUGAGGUCUUGUUAUUCAUGCGGAAAUUGGUCAACGCUGUGGACUGGCGAAAGAUUCAUGAAGCAAGCCCAUACAAUUUUCGGGAUCCUCAGUUCUUCAGAAGUAUCGGGAUAGAGCCUCUCACUUUAAAGCAGUGGAGGCGCGUCCACGAUUUCUGCCAAUUACGAUGGUUUACUAGGUAUUGGGCAUUCUUCGAGCUAUCGCUUGCCAAAAAUGCUCUGUUCUUGUGGGGCGAGGCUUGCAUGGAAUACAACUUUUUAAUCGACUUUGGCAUGAUUUUGGGCUUGAGUGGCUGGCUUGACGACUUGCGCGACUAUGGUGCUGAAGAGGAGGAGAUCUCAUCGAAUGCUCUGACAAAGAUGCUUGGACCAGUGGCGAGAUUAAGAGCGACACCACAGUGGCACCCCAAGCACAACGAAUACACGACCUGGAUGAGAGACAAUUUCGAGCUCGAGACAGAUCAGCAACGUGCUUGGAAAUUCUUCGAGAUAUUGCUUCAAAGCGCCGAAGCUUUUGACUGCAGAGACGCACGCGACAGAGUCUAUGCAACGUUGGCAUUUGCAAGACACGUGUUUGGUGGGAAGGCUAUCAACAAGCAGUGGCCGCGACCUGACUAUCAUAUGCCAGCAGACGUGGUCAUCAAGCAUUUCAGCGGACUCAUUCGAGACAACACGCAGCAGCCCUCGAUUUUAGCGACCGAUAGUGAACUGAAUACGCCAGAGGAAGAGCCGCUAGAGCUUGAACAGCCAGUACAGUCAAGUCGUGCUCAGAGUCGUGGCCGAACACGUGGAUCGCUCAGUACUCUGACAACUUCCAAAAACAUCAGCUUUCAGCAUGAGCUACACGACUCACACAGCACGUUACAGCGCAGUCUGAGCAAGAAAUACCUGACGUUGGUCAAGAAGGCAACCUCACGACGUUUCAUGGAGGUCUAUUUCAACAACCAACCACAGUCAUGA